AUGUCGGAUGACGGAGAUGAUAUCCCUCCAGAGCGAGAUGAUAGAUUGUUUUCCGGCCUCAGCUUCUUUUUGACGAGCCUCUGCCCGACGAGGGACUAUUUCAGAAAACUUCUUGAGACCAACGGUGGGAAAAUAUGCAAGACGGAUAGAAGCGCCGACUUGAUUAUUUCUGAUCAUUUAAAGUCGCAAGGAAAUGUACAGAAGGCGGUAUCCUAUAAAUGGAUUGUCGCCUGCGUCGAGAAUAGGGAACUAGUCGAUACUGAAAACUUCUUUAUUUCGACUUUGCAAUCAAAAAGCCAGUUAACUUCUAAAAAGGUAGCGAAGAAAUCUGCUAGUUCAAUUAGAACACAGGUCGCUGCGGUUGAACCAUUGGGAGGGUUCCGUCCUGCAGGUGGGCGGGUUCCUUUUACGCAACAAGAUGACAAUAUUUUACUCUGGUGGAUUGAAAAGGAAGCUAAAUUGAGUGGAAAUAAAUCAUAUCAGGAACUUGCUUCUUGGUGUACACGACAUGGAUGGCAAGGCUGGAGAGAAAGAUGGGUAAAGAAACUAAGCAAGGAAAAAAAGUAUGCGCGAGGUCCUAAACCUGAUCCAGACUUCGACAUUACCAAGGUUCCCGGGUGGAAAAGAGGAAUACACCGACCAGGUGAUGGUGCCUCAACCAGUCUUGGGCGGGAUAACGACGAAACAGAUUCUGAAGGUGAAAUGGACAUGCGGCCGGAGCACGUUGCUGCGAUUACCGAGAAUCUACCGGGGCUACUGAAAGCUAGAUCGCAGGAUGAGAUCGAAGAGAUAUUUGUUAGGAUCGCAGAUCGGUUUCCUGAACGAUCAAUUGAUGAGUUCAAAGAGUUUUACUAUAAGGAAUUACUGCCUCGGUUUGAAGAGGGCGAUGAAACUCAGUCGGAGGGAGAAGAGGCCGGUCCAGAAGAAACAACCGUAGCCCAGGAAGAAGAACUAGAGGAAGAAGUAGAGACACCUCGUCUUGUCGUCGGUAGAUUCUCUAUCCGCGAACAGCGAAGUCUAUUUGCCCAAUUCGAUGACAUUGUAUGGGCGGAUAGCAAGGAAGAACAGUUACAAGUGUGCCAGUCCGUGGCAGAUGAGUUCGGUCUUCAUUCUGCGGAGCAGCUCCUCCAGUUUGCACUUACAAAGAUGAAGCCUGUUAUUAAGAAGCUGAAGGGCAAAGGUAAAGUCGAGCUUCGGGACCUAGAGCAAGCCGUUUUGAAGAGCCUUGUCGAUUUUGAAAGUCCUAGCAAAGCUCCUGCUCCUGGCAAAACUUCUAUUCGCUCGCCGAUAAAGAAAGAUCAGUCACCUAAAAAGCAAGAGGUUCGGUUUGAAAAGCUUGAAACCCCCGUGCAGAGGGGCGUGCGCCGCCAAUUUACGAGGCGGUCGACUUCCUCAAGCGACAAGUUCACCUUUUCAACCCCCAAGGUGGCGUCGCCUAUAAAGCAAACCAAGAAGGCCGCUCAAACUCCUCCAUCCGGUCAAGUAUUAGUCUACUCUCCUGAGAUCCCUACUCAACUCCCGCCCGAAUCAUCGCCGAUAGAGCCAUCGUCCUUCCACACACCAGCCACUAGCAAGACCAACAAAAUCGUAACGGGAAGCAGUGUUUCGGUGCGCAGGGCACCACCAUCCAUUCCAGGUUCCCCAGGCACCCCAACACCUCGCCCAAGGGUACUUGUGAAGUCCCUAAGUCUAUUGGAGGACGACCCAAUACCGUCAGAAUCUAGUCCAAACCCAGAUCCCCUCAAAAAAUUCACGGAAUCUAUUCAAAAACACCUCAAUUCGAGUGAAGGGCCCCGUAAAGUUCCACCAAGCUCACCCCCAGGAAUGGUGCCCAGCAAUGUUCUCCACAACCUUCCUCGACAAAGUCCGCCAAAACAACCGGCUGGGCCCUAUUCCUCCUUUUACUCUUCAAACUUUGACGAAAGCGAAGAGAUGCCUUACAAAAAGCCUUUAAGGGCUGCAGUUUCGUCUGUUCAGAAACAUGUUAAGCCUCCAUCUUCACAGCCUUCUACCGUCAAACGGAGGAAAACGGGAUCUUCAAAUCACCAGGAGCUGGUCGUGGAAAGCACGCCGGAACGUAAACUAUUCCCACUUCCUGUUCUCGACCCGGCCUCCAGCAGCAUAGGGCCAUCUUCACCAACCGACCCCAAUUGCCAACAACGUGGGUAUAACCAGAUGCUGAGUCCAUUAGCCUACAAGUCUUCUGUUAGAAAAAGGAAGGCUGAAGAGAGAUAUCGGGAGGUUACGCCACCACUCGUGUCGCAGGAAAUAGAGGUGGAGGAUAGGCGGUCCGACACUCAAGACACUAUUGAGGAGGAGCAUGAGGAAGAAGCCACCGUUAUUGACGCUGAUUUCAUUAUGAUCAAAGAAGAGGACGUCGAGCCCUAUUAUGAACGUCAUACCCGAAAUGAGGUCAAUGAGACUUCAGAUGCGGACAGAACAGAGGAGGAAUUUGACGACGAUGAAACUCAAGAUGAGGAGCAAAGUCCUAGGGACGAUGACACUGAGGAAGAGGUCGGGAUCGAAGUCAGCCAUGCGGAGAUGCAGGUUGAUGAUUAUGAGACCGAGGAAGAAGAGGGAGACGAAGAGGAUCUUGAACAAGAGGUCGAUGAAGAAUAUGUAUCUGAAAAUGACAGAUGGGAGGAGGAAGCUGAUCCAAUGGAGAUGGAUAGUCUUACUAAUAGGAAUCUUGGAAUUCUCAACGAUAAUUCACCGGUCAUAGCAGGACGCCAAUCAGUUACUCCCGUAAUACCUGAAGAUUCCGAUGAUAUUAGCAACCGCAGCCGAACACAGACCGCUUCUGAGUCUCCAGGCCCGAUGAGCCAACUGUCCGUCAGAGCAGCGGAUUCUCUUGUUGAUGGGAUCACAGCACAUUUCAGCAAACAGUAUAACUUGGAAGAAGGAGCUGUUGGGUUGGUCAUAUACGCUACGUCCUGUAAUGAGAAUCUAAUGCAUAUCGUCCUCCAACAGCUCGCGGAAUACCAAGAAGAAUACGGCACGCUGGCUGGGUUUAAGUGGCCUGUAAUGAGGGGUAUCUGGACCAUUGAAGACGAUAAAGCCGUUAACAAUGAGGCACCAGCCGAAGACAUCGAACGGGCUUUCAACAAACAUGGAGAAAAAUUGAUGCUAGCCAGAUGGGAUUGGCUUGCUGGAAUUGGAGAAACACAAAUGUCGAAUUUGAGGAGUGUUGCAGAUACAGAAGGCUCAGUGACACCUGGGAGAAGAAGUCCCGCGUACGAUGGGCUUUUAGCCCCAAGCCGUGAGAACAGUGUCGCCCCCGAAGACUUUGAAACGCCACACGACCUUAGCCUUGAGAGAAGUGACGAGUCUCUUGAUGUAGACGCCACACCGACCCCACGUCCUAAGCGGCGUUGA